GUGCGUCCGGCUUCACCCCGCCCCCGCUGCGGGAGGGGACGUCGGCCGCAGGCGGGAGUCGGGGAGCGGGGCCCGGGGGGAAGCACCAUGGCCGGGGUGGGCUUCGAGGAGUUCUCGGUGCCCCCAGGCUCGGAGCUGGCGCUGCCCCCACUCUUUGGGGGGAACAUCCUGGAGAGCGAGCUGGAGACGGAGGUGGAGUUCGUGGACGGGGGGCUGAGUGGGGACAACCUGCAGGACGAGGAGGAGGAGGAGAGCCAGCAGCGGCAGCGUGAGCUGGGCCGCCGGAAGAUUCAGGCGCUGAGCUGGCGCUGCAAGGAGAUCGAGCAGGUCAACGAGAGGGUGUUGAACCGACUCCACCACGUGCAGAAGAUCACGCGGCGGCUCAAGCAGGAGAGGAGAUUCCUUAUGAGGGUCCUGGAUUCCUACAGGGAUGACUAUAGACAGAGUCAGCUCACCAUUGUCCUAGAGGAUGAAGGCAGCCCCAGCCCAGAAGCCCCCACCCCAGGCAAUACUGAGAACGAACCUCCAGAGAAAGAGACCCCCCAACGCUUCCCUGGCCCCCCACCAGCCGGCCCAGAGCUCAAGAGCCCAUCCCAGGCAGAAACCCCCAUUGGAAAGAAGCGUCGCCGGCAUGGGCGUGAGGAAAAGGAGCAGAGGGGCAGGCGGCUGGCCCCUGCCCUCCUCCCCAUGGAUGAUUUCCCUGCACAGCUCAAAGAAGAGGACGAGUUCCCCUGUGACCAGGAUGCUGUACUGAGCUCCAGCUGGCCCCUGCCCCGGCCCAGGGACAAGCUCCUCCAUUACCCCAAGUUCUCUAGCCCCGGGGCCUGUGCUGAUUUUGACUGAACCCUCUUGAAACUGACCAGGCCUCUCGCUCUGGCCCUUGAGGGGUUAAACCAGGAGGGGUGCAGCCUUCCCUGUGGACUGGAGGGUUAACCCCCUGUAUACCAGACCCCUGUGCUGUGGGACCAACAGCUAAGCAGGGACUGGGUGGGGCGCCCCCAGCUGGCUGGGAGGAGGUGGUUUCCCAGUGUGGGUAAAACUGCUGUAGCUGCCAGAAUCCUUCAGGCUUAAAAGCCCCACGGAGCAGGGCAGCUCAUGUCUCUAUUUCCCCAUUGUGCUGGUCUGGACCAUAGCGCACAACCACUGAGUGAACUCUGUUGUACUGAGCUGGAGAUGCCUGGGUUCUGGCCCUGGGAGGGCAGUGGGGUCUAGUGGUUGGGGGUGCUGGAAUAUAGGACAGCUGGGUUCUCUCCCUGGCUCUGGACGGGGAGUGGGGUCUAGUCUUUUUGUUUGCUCUUUGCACAGCCCCAUGGCCCCUGUGUUGCUACCCCCUUAAUAAUAAAUGCAGUCAGGACACCUGC